AUGUCUGUGCUGGCAUGUUUGAUUUGUGACUUGGUUUGCGGACAGCUGCUGGCGCAGGGCCUGACAGGGUCUCAGACAGGGGUUCCAGGACAGGGGUCCAUGGACGACUUGUCUGACGUCAUUCUGUCAUACAUCCGUUUUCAAAAUGAUGGCACGGCUUCCGAUGGAGACCGCGAAUUUCUAGACGGCUUUCCCUGGCUGCUAGAGUGCACUGAUGCCUCGGAUGACCUGAGCAUCGGCUGCUGCCCUUCUAGCCAGCAGGAUGGUGGAAACGGCGGUAUCGCCAUCAGCAGCAGCGGCUACACCGUCGGAGAAGGCCUAGAUAGUGACAUAGGCCCAGGCUGCUACUGCAAUGUCAGCGGCAAGGACACCGGUGUCGCUACAGCCGCCUCGCUGCUCCCGGCGGCCCUGGCGGCUGUGUGGUACAGCUGCUGCCAUGGCAACAAUGCCAACCGCAACAGCCGAAUCCAUGUCAGCCACAGCACCUGCCGGUGUGGCAGCCGUGGGCAAAUUGUGCCUCAACAUCAAUGCCUGCGUCAGGAGCAACUCAAGAAGUUGCAGCAGCUCAAGUUGCCCGGUACCUUGCUGGUGCUGGCCCCGCACGGUCUCGUCGGGGCUGCCAACAUCGCCUUCACUGCCCUGGCAGUCACAACAGCCAGUCCAGGGAGCGUCCGCAGCGGCACUCCCGCCGGUUUCGCCGCUUCCAUCGCUGCCGUCAGCUGCAUGGCCUUCGACUUCUCCAAUGACGCUGCCGGCACGGCCUCCAGCAGGAAACCGGUGCACCUGCCGGGCUGCCAGUUCCCUGUCACCACCACAUCCGCGGCGGGUGUCGCUGCACCAGCUGCCGCUACAGCCGAUGCCCCAGCUGGCGCCGCAAGCCCACGAGGGGGCAGCAGUCUUCCGCAGCCAUCGGGGGGAGCGGUCUUCGCAAUCUCCAUAUCCGGUGUCAGGUGUACGUGUGGAACGACGUACAACAAAGCAUGCAAGGCAGCCGGUCAUCCACACUGGAAGGUCAUUAAGUACAUGCUGGCCUAUGAGGUCUGCCCAGCGGAGCACACGGGACUUGCCGCCACUCUUUACAAGGACUUUGCUGCCGGCAAACAAAAGGGAGUUGAGACCAAGCAAGUCCUGUGGGUGACCACAGAGGGACACGUCGUGCUGUGGCACGCGUGGCUCUGCCAAUGCGUCCAUUUAAUACCCCUUUGGCGAUUACUGCAGGAAACGGCCUUUUUGAUUAAACACGGUGAUGUCAGUAGUCCUGCUUGUGUUAGCGGACAGCUCCUGGCAGGCGUACUCGUUCAGAGGCUUGCUUUUCAAGAGGGUUUGCAAAGGUCGGGUUCUCGGGAUGUAUGCUCCAAGGCGUCUUCGGAGGCCGAAGUUGUGUCGGAGGCGGACCUGCAGCACCCUUCCGGGCUUGGAAAGAAAUAG